AUGGUGGAGACUGCGAUCCCAGAGCUCCACGUCCCUUCGGAGAAGUCCGAUAUUUCGUCAGAUCUUCUGAGAGGAGUUCCGUUUCACUCGUGCCUGAGUGGUACAGGUCGGCAUUGGUGCCAUCCGGAUAGCUCUUGGAGACCGAAGGCGAGCCGGCACAGCGUCAAGCAGUAUGACGUGUUUUUCAGCCAUGAUUGGAAGAGUGGGCGAUGGAGCAAGCAUCUGUCACUGCUGGUGGUCUUCAAUGGCAUGCCUGCUGCAAUAGCGGGCUGGGCAUCAAGCUUGGCGAUGGGCCUCUCUGCAUGUCUCGGCUUUCUGCCCAAAUCUUAUCACGUUUGGAUGCCUGUGUUGGGCUAUGUGCUGUCAUUGGUCAUCUUCUUCUUCUGGCAGCAUGUGCGGCAACUCUUUGCUGGGCCCACAUUUGCAUUUAUUGACAGUAUGUGCAUACCACAGGAUGACGAGGUGCUGAAGGCACGAUGCAUCCGGGGAUUGGGUACCUUCCUGGAGAAGUCGGAGCAGCUAGUUGUUUUAUGGUCGCCGCAAUACUUCCGUCGAUUGUGGUGCUCGUAUGAGAUGGGGUUCUUCCUGCGGGAGAAGGGCGACGCGAAAAAGAUUCAGUUCGUGCCCGUCCAGAUUGGACGCAUUUGUGCAUGCCUCUUUAUGGGGGUGCUGCUCUUCCAAGCCACGAUGUAUGCUGUAGUCUUUGGGGGCAGAGAGUGGGAUGCAAUGCAGGCGACGGGCAUCAUGGCCCCUGCAUUGCUGCUGCAAACGAUUGUUGUAUUUCCAGUUCUGCAAUACACCAUGACAGCCAUGCUUAAGGACCUAUCGCAGCUGCCGAGACAAGUCAGCGAGUUUCGCGUGCAGGACUCUGAGUGCACGUGUUGCACACAAAAGCAUUGUCACCCUGUGACACAUGCACCCAUUGCCUGUGACCGCGAGCUGAUCUACAAAUCUCUUCGUAGAUCAUUCGGAGCUUCCGGCAGAAAGAUGGAGGAGGAAGCAGCGCUCGAUGCAUUCAACGGCCAUGUGCGUGAGACGCUCGCACGAUCAAUCGACCGAAAUUUCAGGCAUCACAGCAUGGUUUUGAGGCACGGGCUGGUCACCUGUGCGAUCGCUUGUGCCCCGUGGGCAUCCCUCAACAUGGCCAUUGCUGGUGAGCUGUCCGCGGCGGGAGAGAUUGACAUGCUUUCGUGGUUUGGAGGAUUCAUAUACAUCGACGCCGCGCUCUUUUGCUUGAUGCGGAUCGCUCUACUGAUUGGCCAUUUCGGCGCAUUUCGGAUGGCGAAGUGCCCGCAACCAGUUGUCGUCUUGAGUCAGGUGGUGAUGUUCUCCUUCAGUGCGAUUGCGAUACUUGUGCCCUGGCCAGUGACCUGGGUUUUGUCGUCUCAUACCGGCCACUCCUGGAUUUGGAUCAGUGUUUUUACUGCAAUGCUCUGCCUGAGCGGCUGUUUCCUUUGGCCGGCUUGCAGCGGCCCAUCUGGUACACCUGUGUUGCAGCCCGAUCUGCCAGGUACAACCUAUGGAAGUGAGACACUGUCAGCUCGUGAUGAGGACGAAGGUUCGACCUUCGAGAUCUAA